ACAAAAAGGGGUUGCAAACAACUUCUGUGGAGAAUUCCACUGCACUCCGCACGGAUCGCAGACGGCAAAGGAAAGCAUUUGCAUGCAUUUUAAAUACGUUGGUGCUACUGCAGUUAACAAAAACUGAUAGGCCAGGGGAAUCGAAAAUGCUAAAUGUUAUAUGGACCCUAAUUUGUGCUGGAAAUCAAAAAGAUUAUGGUAUAGUUUUACCUCGCGACAACUACCAAAUGUAUUUCAGCAUAGCUAGACCGUAUCCUAUAUGAACAGUGAGGACGGGAGGCAGCCUGUGAUAGUCAGAAUGGGGGACACAGCGGCGGGAACUGUAGCCUCGAGUGUUAGCCUGACUUACGCCGCCGUGGGCGAGGCGGGGAACGGCAGCACGACUGGGUACACAAAUCUCAGCGGAUUUGACCUGAACUCCACAGCACCAGCGCCACUCGAACCCCCGUAUACCCUCAGUCUCGCCGCUACCAUCGGACUUGGGAUCGUCUUUGGAAUCAUAAUUCUCACCACUCUUAUUGGAAACAUUUUAGUGUGUUUAUCACCCCUUGUGUGUCACAGACUACGUACAGCGACCUAUACUUUUCUUGUUUCUCUCGCCAUAGCGGAUUUAUUGCUUGGAAUAACCGUACUACCCUUUAGUGCUUAUAAUACUUUGAAACCCAUGCAAUGGAUCUUUACUCCCAUCUACUGUAACAUUUAUGUGUCCUGCGAUGUUAUGUUUUGUACGUCUUCCAUACUCCAUUUGCUUGUAAUAAGUUUAGACCGUUAUGUAGCCAUCACGCGCCCUUAUGCCUAUCAGCGCAAUAUGAACAGAAAGAAAGCAUACGCAGCGUUGGCUGUUGUGUGGACCAUUUCAUUACUAAUUUCCUUUCUGCCAUUACAUCUGGGAUGGAACACUGAAGACGGUAAAGUCCAAAAUUAUGAGAACCCCAGAAUAUGUGGACUAGACAGCAACAGAUACUACGCCUUAUUUGAUGGCAUCGUCUUAUUUUUUAUUCCACUCAUUGUGAUGUCCCUGGUAUAUAUUCGCUUGGUCUACAUCGCCAAUAGACAGGCACGUGCAAUCCAAAAACUCAUGAUCAGCAGCAAAAACGAGACCAGCGAGGAGCGCGCCAACCGCAGACGAUCGGUCGAUGAACACCGCGCGCUCAAGAUUAUCGCGAUAGUGAUGGGGGCGUUUGUCGUCUGCUGGGUACCGUACUUUACACAGUUUACGUUCAGAGACGUGGGACAGUGGAAUAUUGAUCCAGUGCUAUUUGAAGUGCUUCUCUGGUUGGGCUACCUUAAUAGUCUCAUAAACCCUGUGGUCUAUGCCUGCAUGAAUCGGGAAUUCCGACGCGCUUUCAAGCGGCUCCUGUCAUGUAUGCGCUGGAACCCGCCCGACGAUACUAUGGACUCGCGAUACUACACCACGCAGUACUCAAGUCGUAGUGAUCGCAGAAGCGUGGGAUCGGGCUCCAAAAAUGGAGUUGUCCGAUAUAGUGCCUCGAAUCACCAGACAACAGGGAAUGGUUCUAAUAACUACACACUUCAGCUGCCCAUUAAAAAGAACGGGAUUUACAUGAAGCUAUUCAGGUCUUCCAGCCGGGACAGUGGUACACGACCCCAGCCCACAUGACAUAAGGAGACACGUGUGUAGUUUAGGUGGUAAUUAUUUAGUUUUUCAAUAAACUCGCUUACAAUUAUUAUGGUUGCUAGAGUUGGUGAUUCUUACGAAUUAAGCUUGGUACAAAUCAAUCCUAUGGUGUUGUUUUACCAGAAGCAGCUUGUCCUAUUAUUUAAAAAGGGUGAACCCUGACGAACAAUGAUAUUUUUAUUGAUGCCGAUGUGUUGUAAUGCAAUGUAAUUUCCGGCCUGGUACGAUAAGGGGAUCAAAGCUGUCAUCGGAGGUAUGCACAUUUUUAUAAGUUAAUGGAAAGGCAAAUAUUCAUCAUGAUAUGAUUAUUGUUAAUUGUUACCAUUGCUGUAUAUUGGGAAACACCAACAAGUUGGGGGUCAAUUGCUCUUGAUAAAUUUGCCAUGACAAUUUGCAAUAUUCCUGAUAACAGCAGAAAUAAAAUAGAAUGUGUGUUAAAUUUGCAAAACAAGACAGCGAACUGGAGUUUAACUGCCACAAUUCUUUGGAGCGGGAAAGCGUGAGAUGACCGGGAAAUUUCCGGAACGGAAUUGAAGAUCAUUCAUUUCCUUUCAGUUUUACUAAUUGUGUAAUGUUAUAGAGCUCAUGUGUGCCUAUGAAGUGAUUAGCUGAAAAGGAUAUCAGUGGAACCAGUUGGCUUUUCUCCUUUUUUUCUUCCAUUGAUUUAGAAUUAAAUGAAUCUGAAUAAAUUUUUGCUAAAACUAUCUUAAUGUGAAAUUCGUAGCAUCUGUGUCGAAAUGCUAUAAUUUCAAAACAUGUUUCUUUAAAAAUUGGCACCCAUUUCGAAUGCCGAACGCGAGCUUCCCUUUUAGAUUUUGUCGACAUGGCCGUAAGAUCGUAUUAGAAAAUGCUUACCAUGCUUAUAGAGCGAAGUGUAUUCCUAACAUGCCUAAUGUAAUUGGAUAAUUUUGUACCGCAAAGUUCUGAUUGUGCUCCAAAACAUAUUUGUGUCGUUGAUAAGAAAAUAUAUUUGCCAUUACUGUAAAGGAAGUUGACAAAUAUUUAAAUAUGGUAUAUACAGCUUCACAUAAAUUGUGUUAACUAAGCUUCCAUUGAAAGAUAAAUACCUAAGCAUUCAUGUUAUAUGCACAAAAGAUCUUGUACAAAGGGUAUACUAUGAAAUUUCAUUUCAUUCUCACGUUUUCGGUUUAGCAAAAUAGCAAUUAUCAUUUAAACAUGUUUGAACAUGAUGUUUUUUCUUCUCGUCAUUUUCGCUUAAAAUACUGUGCUUUGAGAAACAAAUAAUAUAUAUGAAUUAGUUUAUUAUUUAAGAUGAAAGAUUAACAAGGUUUAUUUAAUGCGUUUCUCUGUGUCUCCUGUUGAGUAGGCCUAUGCUUUUGCUAUCCAUGGAAAAGAAUCAUUGUACUACUGUUGAAACGAAGAAAAAACCCGGGUUUUUCUUGCCUAUCCCUACAAAUUUUGAGUGCAGUCAAGUACAACAUGCAUGCGUUCUGGAGGUUAUUUGUGAAAUAAGAUUUAAGUAGGAGUUUACCCACACAGCCCCGCCCCUCAAGUUCAGAUCUUAUAUUUACUGAUAUUGCGGUUAUAAUUCGUACUAUCUCCGUCAACUGUCGACCGUCCGUUUGCUUUCUUUAUUUUUGCUUUGCCAUCACCAAGUUUAAAUCAUUUUUAUUUUCAUUCUCAAAACAACUUAACUUGUACUCAGAAUUCUACCUCUAUUUCAAAUUGCUCAUUUUCAUAGUUAUCUAGUAGUGUUUUCAUAAACAUAAUGGAAGAAAUUGCACGUAUGCUUUCUUCUAAGAGCAAGAAGGAAACUAUUCAGACAUUGGAGAUAUUUGUCCGAAUCAUGUUUGUGACGAUCAAUUACUAUUUAACGUAGCACAGGUCAAGGUAGAAGUCGAUUUUUUUUCAUCGUAAGGACAUUUGUAACUUCCGUCAACCCUGUUUUCAACAUUUAUCGGUGAUUGAUUCUCUAUCUGACAAAUUCAAAGAGAGCAACAGUUGUGUUCUACCCCCCAAAAAACGUGUUUCUCGCUAAAAUGGCUGUGGUAUAGCAAGGGAGUAUUUGCGCUUGAUUGGAGUGAGUGAGUGGGAGACUGUGUGGGUGUGUGUGUGUAUCUAGGAUGGUUCGCCAUAAUCCAUCGGCAUUUUUAGACACUAUAGUGUUAGUGUGUGUAAGUCUUGAAUCAAAUAUGACAGAAUUUCUUUCAUUCAACAUCAAUACAAUAAGUACAUUUUACCCACGACAUUUUCGACGUCCCGCCGGUUUUUUUUAAGGUGGACGGCGUUCCCGUUUAAGCUCGUUUUCCACAAUACUAUUUGGGUAAUGGUAUUUUGUUUUGAUAUAUUGAUGUAUCUGUCAGAGCGGUUGUAUCAGGGAAUGUUAGUACCCUGGUUGUAUGAAGCAUGACAUAUUAAAUGAAGCAGUAUCAUUUACAUGUCAACCAAUUGUGUCUGCUAAAUGAUCAUCUUUGUAAUUCAAUUUUUGCUAAAUAAUCAAUGUUGGAAAGGUUGGGUUCGACGCACUUAAUUUAUCUCUGGCCACGUUGCAACUCAGUUGUACAUGGGGAGCAACGGUGUAAAAGGUGGCGGCACCAGGCAUUUGUCACCUGAACUGCAACUUCAGAUAAAGCUGCAAAGUAAGAAAUAUGAAUUAAUGGCAAUUAACCAUUAGACGGGUCUCCUGCAUGUUUUACCCGCAGUCAUGAAAAGGAUGACCUGUAUAUUUGGCGAUAUUAACGUUAGAGGAUGUGCGUUCCACGAUCCUUAGGCGAAAAGUCGCAUUUACUAUACCGAUAUCAGGACAAAAUGUGGACGUAAAAUUUGACGUUUCCUCGUGUGGCAUGGUCCUAUUGCUGAUGGAAAGGUUGAGAAAUUAAUGGGGAAAGGGCAAUCAUGGAGAAAAGUAAAUGAUAUUACGUUGAUCAUAUUAACCGUGUUAGGGUGGCAUUUACGAAGGGACCGAGCUUUUCCGAACGUGUUCUGUGUGGAAGAAAAUCUUUCGAACCAGCAGUGUGGGUACAAACCUGGCUAUAACCUUCAAAGUGAUGGGUUCAUUCAAUUACAUAGCAUUGAGAAAACAUAAGUAGUAUAGAUUACCAACAAAUAUUUAAAAAUCGCAUCUUUUUGUGCAGAUUUAUAGACAGCAACAAUGGUAGACUUUGCAAUAAACCCACCUUCCUUGCGAGUACGGUUCGCAAAAGGACUCGAACAACAUUGCCCUAUCUGUAAUAAUCCCUUUUUCAUGCAGCAUCAUAAACGAGUUGUGAUUUGAGAUGGAUAUUAUUAUCAUUGCGGACUAUGAUCAUUUAUGCAUCGAUAUGAAAAUCCGUUUCAACGAAUUAUUAUUGCAUUUGCAUUCCCCUUUGAUGUUGGAGCUUCCCCCUUUCACGGCUUAAGCCCUAAUUCAUGAUCGUGUCCUCCACAAUAUUCAUGUUGCGAUAUUGUCCCAUUCGACAUGGCGUAUCUGGUUUUCACGCAUGCCCGGGUGUUCAUGACGCUGGUGAAAAGAGAAAUAAAUGUGGGGAAUUCUUUCUCUCGAAAAUAACGGGCACAUUUUCGCUGGUUGACUGCCUUCGAAUGUUACGGAUCGAUUCGCCAAUAAAGGACAAAUUUAAUGAUCUGAAGAGGCUUUAGAGCGUGACAGAAUGAUGUGCAGGUGACGGGGUAAAGGAAGAAAUAUGAUAAGGCCAAAACACUCCCUCUUCCCAAAGUGGCAUGAAUGGGAUACUUUGUUUUGCAUGGAAAAAAAUUAUAUGAUUGUAUUUUCCUCACCAUAUAUCGGUAGCUAUCUAGACCUAUUAAUGUAUUGGUAUAGCGUCACUGUCGAUUAACUCUUUGCACGCUGAUUUAAUAUUGGGGGUUAAUAAUGACAAUUGUUUCCAUGGUAUGUUUUUUAAUUCAAGAUAUCCACAUUGCAGCAUUGAUGCUUAUUAUUCUAUAGAUGUCAUCCAAGAACUAUUGCCUUUCAUUUGCUUACCGAAUUUGAAGCUAGGAAAGAUUGUUGAAUUGAAUUGUUCGAAUGUGCCAAAUUGCAACAUAAGCGCGCGAAGGGUUGAAGUGAGAUAACACAAGAUACACAUCUCGUUUUGUGGUUUGAAAGGAUGUACAAAUUCUGAGUACAUUGUCGACAUUUUUUUUGAACAAAUCCAGGCAAUUCCAUUGUAACAACGUGCAUCUGGUAAUUGAAAGGUGGCAUUGAUGGCAAAUACAAUAGGGGAGAUGGGGCAUGGAAAAGGGACCAUUGCCUAAACAAUGGUGAAUUUCCAUGAUUACCAAGGGUAAAUUAUCUGAGAACAUAGUCUUCAAACACAAAUGGCGAGCAAUAAUGGUUGAGGAAAUGUGAGAAAGGGCCGGGAAGCGAUUGACCACUUCCACCGUUUCAUAUUGAAGAGUACAUCUUUCCCAUUUCAAAUGAUGUAAUAGAUUAUAAAAAAGGAUUCUCCCCUAGAUUAUGCAGCACCCCCCCCCCCGUAUCGCCUGUUUAUUGUACUUUGUGACUAAAGGCUGAAUGUGAAGGUGAAUCCUAGAGACAGUGCGUGCCAUCCGCUUGGCUAUUUUUCUAAUGGUACCCUCAAAUUAUUGAAAGUUAAUGAACGGAAUCGACCGCAUAUUUUUCCCCAAGUAAAACCCCAAACCAAUAAGUUGAUAAAAAUAGAAUAAAUGGUGAUGUGAUAUUAUGGUGUGGAAUUUGGUGUCUGCUUGAGGCGUGUGGUUUGUAGUAUGAACUUGGAUGAAAUGUCUGUUCUAUUCUUGAUGAUGACAGUGGCUCGGAAUGACCUGAUUUGCUCUGAGAUCGCUUUAGUUACUACCAAAUUUACUUCAAAUUAUUGAAAAUUAAUGAACGGAUUCAACCGCAUAUUUUACCCAAGUAAAACCCCAAACCAAUAAGUUGAUAAAAAUAGAAUAAAUGGUGAUGUGAUAUUAUGGUGUGGAAUUUGGUGUCUGCUUGAGGCGUGUGGUUUGUAGUAUGAACUUGGAUGAAAUGUCUGUUCUAUUCUUGAUGAUGACAAUGGCUCGGAAUGACCUGAUUUGCUCUGAGAUUGCUUUAGUUACUACCCUUUUCGAAAAUAUGUUUCCAAACAAUAUGUGAUACAUGAGAGAACGUCUGUUCAACUACCAUGACUAUGUAAUAACUAUAGUUAAAAACAAAAUUUCUAACAUUUCAAGAGAAGUCGGGACGGAAUUUUGUAACCGUCUUUUUAACUAUUCUUUUUAGGGUACAUGGCGAGAUAUCAAGAGGUUUAAAUUCAAUUAUUAUAUCAUCUUGUAACGCAGGGCUUUUAUCAUUUAAACGAUAGGCCAAUUUGAUUUUGGACUCGGAACCUCCGCCCACCCCCCCCCCCCCCCACACACACACAAACCCCAAACUCUUGAAACAAUCAGGAAAAUGCUGUGGAAGAAGUGUGCACUGGAUAGAUUUCAUAAAGCUGUUCAUGACGUUAUCCAUAACAUGUGUCGGGAGAGAGACCCAGGUGUUUGUUCAACGUGAGUCUUAAUUUCCAAUACCCUAAUUAAUAUCGUCGAAAAUGAACAGAGCAAAGAAAUGAGUUUUUUUACGAAGAUCACAUGCCAAUCUAUCGUUGAUGAGAACUUUAAUAAUUGUGAAUCUUAAUUAACACCUGAGAACAUGCCCCAUCAGCUUGUAAGGCCACGCGCAAUAUACGAAAUGCAAUAUCAUUGUUUGUGAAAUUGUCUCCAGGUGUAGUACUGCAAAGGUAUGUAAGACUCUGUUGAUUAUUGAUGAAUGUGUGGUUGUGAGUGAGAAUGUGGGCGAGUGUGCAUGGGUGUUUGUUCACACUUACCCUGCUGGCAACCGAGGACCUACACACGACGUUCACGUUCAAAACCCGAACACACUCGGAACCGAGGACAGUUUUGAAAUCCGAAGUUGGUCAUGUAAAUUGCAAUUAGUCCGAAAUCAUAAUGCUUCUGCAAUUUGCAUUACAUGUUACAGAUACCAAGUUCUGGAUUAACAAUGAUGAGAGAUAUUAUCGGUCCUCGGUUAUGUAUUAGAAUGCUAUUCUGAAGAAAAAAAACAUAACAUCCUCGAUUACUUUGUAUGUGCGUUCGUGUGGGUGCGAGGGUGUGUUGGUUGUGAAGCAUGAACUAUACCAGUCCACAGGAUAUUAUAUUACAAUCCAGUACAACAAACUUAGACCCUACUUCGUGGUAAAAACCUAAUCAAGUUCAUGCUCCGUAAUCCAUUAUUUAUAUUUUCAAGAUACAUGCCGAUUGUGAUGCUACUUCGAAUGUCGAUAUGUUAUCGGGGAAUGUCAAAAGUGUGAUAUGUUGAUUAGUGGAAUGAGUAGUAUUGUGAAUGUAAAAUGAGAAAGGCAGGUCUUUCAACUGAAUGGAAUUGUUUAUAAGAGUGACAUUGACACCUUUUGUGUAAAGCGUGUCUUGGUGUGUGUGUGUGUGAGAGGCUAAACGUUCAUUAUGAUUUUUUACGCUGCCAUAUUAACCGAGAAACACGGAGUCAAAAUUUCCAAUCUUUAUGGAUGAAUAAUAUAGGCCUAAACAAGAAUAGACAGGCCAGAGGCUGUGUACUUGAUAAUUUUCCUGCUAGGAAUGCAUGUACACAUACAAAGUAAUUUGUCUUUACCUGUGACGGAACCUGUAUGAACAGUGAACUAGUGUAACAACCCUCCCACUGGCACAUAAAUACAAACGAAACAAAUUAACUCUUGAUAUAAUCGAAGAUGUUCCACAAGGAGGGAAGUGGUUUGCGCGAGAAAUGUAGGCAAAGAUUUAAUUGAGCGACAUUAUUUCAGACCAGACGUGCACUUUAUAUAGGUGGAAUGGAUCAUAUUUGAUUACCAGUAAUGUUGUGUUCUUAAUUUGUAAAUGCAUCGUAUGAUGAAUGCCCAUUUAAACGAAUGGUAAACCAACCGUGGCCAUUGAAAUGAUAUUUCUUCUAUAUCCAUGAAAACAUGGCCGUAACGUUCGCAAGUACUUUCUACAUUUGGAUGUUGAAAACUCCAUGAUGAGGACAAUUAGUUUGAUCAAGACUGUUUUUAUCCAUAUUGUCUCUACAUUAAGCCAUUUAGGGUUUCCUUUGAAGACCAGGAAAACAUAUUUGAACAUGAUAUGGUAAAGGUUACAAGCUAGUACUGAAAUAUUUGUGAUUUUUUUAAAUUAAAGCCCCACUCUCCACCCGUCACACUCCCUCUUACAGUAUUCAUAUGACGCAAAAGAUAUGUAAAGAGAACUUCCAAACGUUAUUCGCUGGAAUUGUAUUAAAUGCCUGCAUAUCUCUGAUGCCAACCAAAACGUAAUUGCAUAUCCUACUUUUAUGAUAUAUCGAAAUAACACAUUAACAUUUUGUCUUUCUCUAUAGUAAUGAAUAAAUAUGAAGAAUUUUGAAUAAUAUUCAACUAUAGAUAUUAUUUGUUGUAUUAUUAUAUGAAAUACGAAAUUAGCUUGGCUCCCAUAUGGCGUACCAUAAGGCACAGCGCCAUAAAUCUGCCUUGGCGUUCGCUAAUUGGCAACUCAAAAUUCACUUUAAUAUGUGUAAUCAUUUCUGUCAGUUUUUAGUUGAUAUAAAUGUGUGGGAUUGUUUAUCGUAUAAAAUCAUAUGCAGUUGAUAUAUGUAAUUUAUGUGUAGCAAUCGGGUGAAAAUGUGAAAUAGAAUAUAAUUUCAUAACAAUCCAUGUCCAAGUUUGGUAACUUAUUAUUAUUCCAUUGGCAUGAAUUUUCGCAUCCCUGUUAAUCACUAUAAUACAUACAUGUAUUUAUUUAAAUUGUGCUUGCUACAACAUAAAUUUAAUUAUUGUAUAUGUUAUAUUCACUGACCAGGUUAAGAAUAAUUCAGUUUGACGUCGGUAUAUAGGCCCUUUGGAUCUUGUUCAAAUGGCAUGCCAAUAAUUUUUGAUGUAACCACAAAUAAAUGUAAAUAUCACUAAGAUACUGAAGAUUUGAAAAUAGAAUACGAAUUAUUGUGAUAAAUAUCCUUGUCUCGAAUAGGACCUGUUUAUAUAUUUAAAUGUAGUCAUUAUGCUGCAUCCAACCAAUUUAUGUUUCCUUUAAUUGUGCCCCCCCCCCCCAUUCCUACACUACCAGGUCAAUUCUAAGAUGUAAUAGGCUCGGUAAUAUCCGCCAUUUUGAAAUCCAAGAUGGCGACGAUUAACGGUAUAUGAAUGUAAACUGUGUAUCUACACGAUAUGUUAUUGAAAUGCUGGAAUAUGUUGUGUGUGUAUUUUUUUUUCGCUCCGUGUCACUGUCUGCAUAAAAUGUUAUAUGUUGGUGUAAAUAUAUAAAAGGAAGAUAAUUUUGUGUGUAUAUCUUUACAAUAAAAUUUAUAAAUAAACUCUAUUAAAGUUGUAUACAACC